ACUUACUGUAUGGCAACUACAUAUAUGUUGUUUUCUUUAUGCAUUUUUUUACAAGAUUUACAGUUUUGUUGCAAAUGUGUUCGCGUUAAAAAUCCAAUUUCAAAACUGUUUCCAAGUGCGGAUCAAUUAAAUUUUUUACUGUAAAUUAAUACUCGUUGGAAAACAUGUCUAAAGGACGCGGACAAUUCCUUAAUUUGUGCUUAGAGCAAACUGUAUCGACUGAAUCCACAGAAUCAACUGAAGGUAUUUCUACCAAAGAUAGUGGUUUAGGUUCACGUAGUCCCGUUUCUGGAGGUGGAGGAGAAUUUAGACGUUUGGGUCGUGGUAAAAUCAUAGAAGAUCUUACCUCUUUCUCUAGUUUAUCGAUUGGUGGACGUGGUCGCAGUAGCAUUAGAGUUACAGAUGAUGAAGGCUCCCAGAGGGCAAUACAGACACCUGGUCGAGGUAGAGCAAGUUUAUUUUAUCGUUUUACUUCGGAGACCACUUCUACGGCCUCGUUUUCUUCGGAAGAACCCCGUCGUGCAGCUUCACCUUUAAAGAUACAAUCAGAAGUUCGAACUCAAGUGGAAAGCCAGGUAAAGGAAGAAACUAAAGAAGAAAAGUCUGAAUUUUUCAAAUCUGUACAAACUACUCAUGGAUCCAAGGGAACUCCGGCCAAAUUAGCUUGUAAUUACAUACGCUUAGAGUCUGAUCCUCAGAAAGGUGUAUUUGUCUAUGAGGUAAGAUUUGUACCGAAUGUAGAUUCCACCAGUUUGCGAAUGAAGUACCUAAAUGAACAUCGUGAUAAGUUUGGUGGCACUAAAACGUUCGAUGGUGUCACCUUGUACUUGCCAAUCUUAUUAAAGGACAAACUUACCACCUUUGUUUCACAAAACAAAGCCGAUGGUUCGGAAAUAGAAAUUCGCAUUCUAUAUAAACGCAAAGAAAGCCUCAAGAAUUGCAUUCACUUGUAUAAUGUUCUAUUUGAUCGUGUUAUGAAAACUCUAAAUUAUGUGCGUUUUGAUCGCAAACAAUUUGAUCCUACUUCGCCGAAGAUAAUACCACAACAAAAGCUAGAAGUUUGGCCGGGAUAUGUCACUGCCGUAGAUGAGUAUGAAGGUGGUUUGAUGUUAUGCUGUGAUGUCUCACAUCGUUUGUUGUGCCAAAAAACCGUACUCGACAUGCUGAUCGAUAUACACAAAAGCAAUUCAGGAUCGUUUCAGGAGGCUGCCAAGAAAGCUCUUUUGGGAGCUGUUAUCAUAACGCGCUAUAACAAUCGUACCUACCGCAUAGAUGACAUAUGUUUUGAUAAAACUCCUAUGUCCACUUUUCCCACCAAAGAUGGUGCCAUAUCCUACAAUGACUAUUACCUAAAAAGCCAUAAUAUUACCAUCAAAGAUAAAUCACAACCGCUACUUAUCAGCAUUAAGAAACAAAAAUUAGCUAACAAUGCGGAAGCAGAGGAUAUAGUAUUCUGUUUAAUACCCGAAACUUGUCAUUUGACUGGAUUGCGUGAUGAUAUGCGUUCCGAUUUCAAGUUAAUGCGUGAAAUUGCCACUUUCACACGCAUAUCCCCUAAUCAACGUUUGCAGGCUUUGGAGAAAUUCUAUACCAAUAUUAAUAAAAGUCCUGAAGCUAGACAGAUAUUAACAGAUUGGGGUCUGACCUUAAAGCAGUCCUAUGAACAUAUUAAUGGCCGCUGUUUUGAGGAAGAGAAAAUUUAUUUUAAUCAAAAAGUCUUUUCGGCUGGACCUAAUGCUGACUUUUCCCGUUAUGCCUGCAGCAAUGAAUUGCUGGAAGUCGUUAAUAUACAUGAUUGGCUGUUGAUACAUGUAAAGAAUGACUCAAAAGUGGCCCAAUCGUUUUGUGAUCAUAUUGAAAGAAACACCAGAGCCUUUGGUAUGAAAGUACAGAAACCUAAAAUUCUUGUUCUGCCUAAUGAUCGUGUUGACACUUAUGUCAAAACCAUACGUGAGAAUAUUACCAAAGAAACUCAAAUUGUUGUGUGCAUUUCACCGACUGCACGAGAUGAUCGAUACUCAGCCAUAAAGAAAAUAUGCUGCGUUGAAAUGCCCAUACCAUCGCAGGUUAUAAAUGCUCGUACUUUAUCCAAUGAUGCCAAAAAUCGUUCUAUAGUCCAGAAGAUCCUGUUGCAAAUGAACUGCAAGCUUGGUGGUUCUUUGUGGUCCGUUAAGAUACCUUUUAAGAAUGUUAUGAUCUGUGGCAUCGAUUCGUAUCAUGAUGCUGCUCAAAAAGGUAAUUCGGUAGCUGCCUUUGUGGCCUCUAUUAACCAUACCUACACUAAAUGGUACAGCAAGGCUGUUAUUCAAACCAAACGCGAAGAGAUUGUUGGUGGUCUAUGCUCCAGUUUCAUAUCUGCACUGCUGGCGUUUCGCAAAGAAAAUGGCAAAUAUCCUGACAGUGUUAUAAUAUAUCGUGAUGGUGUGGGUGACGGCCAACUGGCCCUUUGUGAAUCCUAUGAAAUUCCACAAUUUGAAGCUGCUUGUAAUCGCAUGCUAAACCAUACACUCAAAAUCACCUUUAUUGUUGUACAAAAACGUAUUAACACUCGUUAUUUUACUGUUAGUGGCAAUAAUGCCAACAAUCCACAGCCUGGCACUGUUGUUGACAAUAACAUAACACGAUCCAACUACUAUGAUUUCUUUUUGGUGUCGCAAAGUGUUCGUCAAGGUACGGUUAGUCCUAGCCAUUAUGUUGUAUUGCGUGAUGACUCUGUGUACAGUCCAGAUAUUAUACAAAGAUUAACCUACAAGCUGUGCUUCCUCUACUACAAUUGGCCUGGUACUAUACGCAUUCCAGCUUGCUGUCAAUAUGCUCAUAAGAUGGCCUAUUUAGUCGGUCAAAAUAUACGUCGUUCGCCAUCGGAGGAAUUGUGCGAUAAAUUGUUUUACCUUUAAAUGGUUUAACCUUAAAUUUUUUUCUCUUUUAUACUUUAACUUUUUCUUUUUUACAUAAUUAUAACUUUUUUUUGCUUUUUUUACCACAAAGUACAAUGUGUAAAUAAUUAUAUUACAUACAUAAUAAUAGAGUUUUUUAUUAUACUAAUAUAAAACCAUAUAUAAAACUGUUAUAAUGGUACAUAGUACUUAAUAUGUACAUAUUUGAAAUUGAAUUCUGAUCAAAAUAUGUAACAAAUAAAAAGACUGUUAUAUUUAAUAAAAAUAUAUUUAUAAGAGAGUUUAA